UCACACUGCAAGAAAGAAAUGGCUUAGACUAGGUGGCAGUGUGCAACAAAUUAACUUUCACUUCACAAAAUAAAACACACGCAAACUACUGGCAAAUCGUCAAUUGAUCGAAAUCAAAUUAAAAUCAAAUUAAAAUCAAAUUCAAACCGAACCGAAUCGAAGUGAUGUGAACAAAAUAAAUGAUGGCAUCGAAAUACGAGCGCAUUAUCAGUGAUUGCAGAUCGCGAAAUCAAUUGUGGGAAGACGCCGAUUUCCCAGCAAUACAAUCGUCCGUCUUCUACUAUCAAACGCCCCCAUUCACAUUCCAAUGGAAACGCAUCGCCGAGCUGAACAAUCCCCAAGCCUCGUUCCUCAAUGAGAACGCCGAAUUCGAUGUGAUUCCUGGUAAAAUGGGAGAUCGGUGGUUAGUCUCGUGCUUGGGCGUUUUAUACUCGCUGCGCAAUCUCUUCUAUCGCGUGGUGCCCGCCGAUCAGGGCUUGGAUAAAUCGUUGGGCAUCUAUCGCUUUCGUCUCUGGUGGUGCGGCGAAUGGGUCGAAGUGCUCGUUGACGAUCGUCUGCCCACGAUCAAUGGUCGACUGGCGUUCAUGCAGCCCCAGGCAUCGAAUUGCUUUUGGGCCGCGUUGCUAGAGAAGGCAAUUGCCAAGCUGCAUGGCUCCUAUGAGGCCCUCAAGUAUGGCACGCGAUCGGAUGGAUUAACCGAUCUCCUCGGCGGUGUGGUCAAGUGCAUGCCCAUUGUGGCGGACAGCAUUCGGCCGCAGACGCUGAAGGAUCAGCUGGCCACCACCUGCAUUGCCACCUGCAUCGCUGUGAAGAAUGCGCCAGUGCAGAAGAAGAACACCACCGAGAGAUUGGCCAAUGGCAUUCUGCUCAAUGUGAACUACAGACUCUCUUGCUUGGACAAGGUGGAGACGGUGAUGGGUGACUCGGUGCAGCUGAUUCGCAUGAAGGACACGUUCUCGGCGAAACCGUUUGGGGACAAAACCCACUUCGCUGGAGACUGGUCGCCGCUUUCCAAGACCUGGGAGCGUGUCUCUGCCGCAGAGCGUGGACGCCUCUUGGGACAACUGGAGCUGGGGGAGUUCUGGAUCUCGUUCUAUGAUUUUGUACAAACGUUUACCACCCUCGAGGUUGUCUACUUGGACUCGGAGACGGCGAGUGGGGAGGAGAUGCUCAAGGGACGUCCCUUGCAUUGGAAAAUGAAAAUGUAUCAAGGCCAAUGGAAGCGGGGCGUGACAGCGGGCGGUUGUCGCAACCACGAAUCGUUUCACAUCAAUCCACAGCUUAUGAUAUCCAUUCAGGAGAAACAGGACAUCGUGGUGGCCCUCAAUCAGCACACUGCGGUGGAGCCUAAGGUGAUUGGCUUCACGAUGUACAUGUGGAAUCGCGACUACAGCCUCAACGAGUGUCUCCAAAAGGACUUCUUCAAGAAUCACGUGAGCUUCCUCAACUCGGACUAUGGGAACACACGGCACGUUAGCUAUCAUACCCAACUGGAGGUGGGACACUAUGUGCUGAUGCCCACCACCUAUGAGCCGGCGGAGGAGGCGCAGUUCACGGUGCGCAUCCUGGGCACCGCGGCAUUUCGAUUGUCGUGCCUGGAGACACAGACGAUGAUACUGCUCGAUCCGUUCCCCUCGCUGAAGAGCGACGAUAAUGUGCAGAAGAUCAAGAGCGUUUGCCAAUACGAACCAGUCUACAUGCAGUUGGCCGAUGAGAACAAGACGAUCAAUUGCUUUGAACUGCACGAACUGCUGGAGGCGUGUCUGCCCAAUGACUACAUCAAGGGAUGUGCCAACAUCGACAUCUGCCGUCAGGUGAUCGCGCUGCAAGACAAAACGGGCAACGGUCGGAUCACGUUCCAGCAGUUUAAAACGUUUAUGGUGAACCUGAAGUCAUGGCAAGGUGUCUUCAAAAUGUACACGAAAGAGAAAGCUGGCAUUCUACGUGCGGAGCGAUUGCGUGACGCCCUCUACGACAUUGGCUUCCAGCUGAGCACGGACAUCAUGAACUGCCUUAUCCAGCGAUACAUACGCAAAGAUGGCACUCUGCGGCUCAGCGAUUUUGUGUCCGCUGUCAUGCAUCUGACCACGGCCUUCAAUCAGUUCCAUUUGAAGAACUACAAUCAGGUCAAUGUCAUUGAGGUGCAUCUGCAUGAUUGGAUCAAGAGUAUAUUAAGUUGCUAAAUCGAAAUUAGUUAAUUAUUCUAUAUGCUGCCCCUGUUCCAGUAUCCGUUGUUCUAUGCC